AUUUCUGUUCAAAGUAAGUUCAUCGCAUCGUGUGUCUGUAAAAAAUCUAAUUUCUAAGAAUUAAAUUGAAUUAACUAAUAUGAGUGAAAAUAAAAACAAAAAGUGUAAUAAUAAGAAACAGCAGAAGUCAAAUGAUCAGGAACUGAUAAACGGUAAUGCAAAUGAGCACACAAAAGCGACAGCAACAGCAAUGGAGAACAAUAAUAAGACUAACGUACUGGAAAAUGAAGAUGUAAAGAAGGAAGCAAACGAGAUGGCAACAACAACAACAAAUAAUGAGGAAAGUGACAUUUUAGAAAUUGUACAGGAUAUCGGAUUUUCUGUUCAAAUUCUAAGUCCCGGAAUAGAAGCGUUAACUAUUCAAGUUUCGAGCAUGGAAUUGGUACAAGAAAUACAUCAAUUGUUAAUGGAUCGUGAAGAUACAUGCCAUCGUACUUGCUUUUCAUUACAACUUGACGGUGUAACAUUGGAUAACUUUGCAGAAUUAAAAAACAUCGAAGGAUUAAAGGAAGGAUCGAUUAUAAAAGUUGCCGAAGAGCCAUACACAAUGCGUGAGGCUCGCAUUCAUGUUCGUCAUGUACGAGAUCUAUUAAAAUCAAUGGAAACAACUGAUGCAUAUAAUGGUGUGGAUUGUAGUUCACUUACAUUCUUACAUACAAUAACACAAGGUGAUUUAUUGGAGAAGAAAAAGACUCGACCAGACAGCGUUGAUUGCACUCCGCCAGAAUACAUCAUGCCAAAUACUAAAGAUCGUGCUCUUCCAGUCUUGCCUUUACAUCCCAACAAUAAUAAGAGUCAAAAGAUACCACAAGCAAUAAAAGUGUUGACAACGAGUCCAUUCAAUCCACCUCCUGGCUCACGAAAACUUCACGGAGACUUACUAUACUUGUAUGUUGUAACGAUGGAAGAUAAACGAUUCCAUAUUUCGGCAUGUCCAAGAGGUUUUUAUGUGAACCAAUCGACUGAUGAUGAAUUCAAUCCUCGUCCAAACAAUCCCUCAUAUUUGUGCCAUUCACUUAUUGAUUUGUUAUCUCAAAUAUCGCCUGCAUUCAAACGCUCAUUCUCACAAAUGCAAAAGAAGAGAACUCAACGACAUCCAUUUGAACGAGUUGCAACACCAUAUCAAGUCUAUACAUGGUGCGCUCCAAAUUUAGAGCACACAAUUGAUGCUAUUCGUGCUGAAGAUACAUUCUCUUCAAAAUUAGGCUACGAAGAGCACAUUCCAGGACAAACGAGAGAUUGGAAUGAGGAAUUACAAACAACAAGAGAAUUGCCAAGAAAAACACUGCCUGAACGAUUACUUCGUGAACGUGCCAUUUUUAAAGUUCAUAGUGAUUUUGUAACUGCUGCAACAAGAGGAGCAACAGCAGUAAUUGAUGGAAAUGUUAUGGCUAUUAAUCCUGGCGAAGAAGCUAAAAUGCAAAUGUUUAUUUGGAACAAUAUUUUCUUUUCACUUGGAUUUGAUGUUCGUGAUCAUUACAAAGAAUUGGGAGGUGAUGCAGCUGCUCAUGUUGCUCCAAGAAAUGACUUGCAUGGUGUUCGUGUAUAUAGCGCUGUCGAUAUUGAAGGAUUGUAUACUUUGGGAACUGUGGUAAUUGAUUAUCGUGGCUACAGAGUUACAGCACAAAGUAUUAUUCCAGGAAUUUUGGAACGAGAACAGGAUCAAAGUGUAGUUUACGGAUCAAUUGAUUUUGGCAAGACCGUUUUAAGUCACCCAAAGUAUCUUGAACUAUUAAAUAAAGCAGGACAGCAUUUAAAAAUAUUGCCUCAUUCUGUACUAAAUGAUAAGGAUGAGACAGUUGAACUGUGCUCGUCUGUGGAAUGUAAGGGAAUUAUUGGAAAUGAUGGACGACAUUAUAUUCUUGACUUGUUGAGAACUUUCCCGCCAGAUGUAAACUUUUUGAAACUUGACGAAAUUGAAUUGAAUAAGGAAGUGGCUGAGAAAGGCUUUCCAAUCGUUCAUAAACAUAAAUUGAGCUGUCUUCGUCAAGAACUAUUGGAAGCUUUUGUUGAAGACAGAUAUGUCAUGUUUAUUAAAUAUGCAGCAUUACAUCUUCAACAAUUAAAUAAUGCUAAAAAGUCUGAACAACAACAAGGCAGUACCAAAGAAUUGCGUGAAAUUCGAGACUUUGACAAUACUGAUGAAAAAGAUUCAACUGAAACUGAUGUUAAGGAAAAGAUUAAUACGGAAGAAGUCAAGAAGAUUGUUGAGUCUAUUUCUGAUGAGAAGCAAAGUGCAGUAGAUUCUAAGAAUGUUGUCAAGAAAGCAUGUUUAGCAGUUGGAUCAUUAAAAGAAACUGAAUUUGAUAUACGAUUCAAUCCAGAUGUUUUUUCGAACGGAAUCAGACAUGUUGAUAAUGAAAAUGAGCAAUCAUCAUUGACAAGUCAGAAGAAACUUGUACAAGAUGCAGCAGAAUUCUUAUUAAUUCGUCAAAUACCAAAUUUCGUACACGAUUGUUUAGAUCAUUCGUCAGCUCCUAUGGAUGGAUUAACAUUGACUGAACAACUUCAUAAUCGUGGCAUUAACAUCAGAUAUUUGGGAAAAGUUGCAAAUAUUUUGUCAACAAUACCAAGCUUAGAAUAUCUUCAUGGAAUUGCCGUUUCAGAACUGAUCGUUCGAGCAACGAAACACAUUUUUAAUUAUUACAUACAAAAUGCUGAUAUCAUGUCAAUGGCGGUAGCAAUAAGUCAUUUCUUAAACUGUUUCCUAACAACUCAACCAGUAGUACAAACACCUCAGAUUUCAAGCGAUGAACUUUCAAAGACUUCAAAACGACGUUAUAAUAAUAAAAAGAAUGCUUCAAGUGGAGCUUCCAAUUCAAAAGCAUUAAACUCAAAUCAAGCUGAUACAAAUUCAAAUGAAUGGACAUCACUGACACAAAAAUAUUUAUGGCAAAUUAUUAAGAAAGAAUUGAAAGCAUAUUGGGAUUAUGAUUUAGCAUGUGAAGCUAAUAUCGAUAAGAUUAUAGAACAUUACAAAUUACAAAAACUUAGCAUAUUGCGUGCCUUUAACUUAAAGAUAGGCUUACAAAUCUUACUACGCGAAUAUAAUUUUGACUCGAAAAAUAAACCUACAUUUAAUGAAGACGAUAUUGUCAAUGUCUUCCCAGUAGUAAAACACAUAAAUCCUCGAGCAACUGAUGCCUACAACUUUUAUACAACAGGUCAAAAUAAAAUUCAACAAGGUUACUUUAAAGAAGGAUAUGAAUUAAUAAGUGAGGCAUUAAACCUUUUAAAUAAUGUCUAUGGAGCUCUUCAUCCCGAAAAUGCUCAAUGUUUACGUAUGCUGGCUCGUUUGAGUUACAUCAUGGGCGAUCCACAAGAAGCAUUAGCCAUUCAACAAAGAGCUGUAUUAAUGAGCGAGAGAGUCAAUGGAAUCGAUCAUCCAUACACAAUCACUGAAUACUCUCACUUAGCUCUAUAUUGUUUCGCAAAUGGACAAAUUUCAACAGCACUUAAAUUAUUGUAUCGUGCAAGAUAUUUGGCAACUAUGGUUUGUGGGGAAAAUCAUCCGGAUAUUGCUUUGAUGGAUAGUAACAUUAGCUUAAUAUUGCAUUCAGUGGGCGAAUAUGAACUUUCAUUGCGUUUCCUCGAACACGCUCUUGCUCUCAACAUCAAAUAUUUCGGUGCAAAGUCACUAAAAGUAGCCGUGAGUUAUCAUCUAGUUGCACGUACGCAAAGCUGUAUGGGAGAUUUCAGAUCUGCAUUAAAUAGUGAAAAAGAAACGUAUACUAUUUAUAAGCAAUUACUCGGUGAAAAUCAUGAAAAGACUCAAGAGUCAUCAGAUUGUUUACGUCAUCUUACACAACAAGCUGUGGUCUUACAGAAAAAGAUGAAUGACAUUUAUACAAAUGGAAAAUUAAUUUCCGGCUUACCUCCUAUACACAUUCAACCACCUUCAAUGGGUAGUGUGUUGGACAUGCUCAAUGCAAUCAACGGAAUUAUUUUUGUUCAAAUCAGUCAAAAAGAUAUCGCAAACCUCAAGAAUGAAAUUGAGAAGCGUCAAAAAGAAACAAAUUCUGAAGACACUGAGAAUGGCAACAGCAUAAACACUGAGACGAAUUAUGAUGCAUCAUCAAAUAAUAAUCCCCAAGCUGUUUCAAGUUGAAACUAGGUUUCAUUUCUAUCUUCUACUUUUUUUAAAACACACAAAAAAAUGAUUAGCUUGUAGUGCAAUGGUAGUUCAUCAUUUAUAAUUUUUUUCAUUUGUCUUUUGAAGUGGUAAGAUUUUCAGAAAAUUUUGUAGAUAUCCUGAUUAUAUGGGAUAAACUCAGUUUGUAGUUUGUAUGAAACUAAACUAGAUAAUAUAACAAUAAUAAUAAAAUAAAUUGAAUUCAUAAACAACAGAUUAGUCUGCAACCAAAGAAUCUGGAAUCAAAAGCACAACUUCAUACAAUUUUAGAAUUUUAUCCCUCACAUUUACUUACAACAGGGGAUUACAACUACAAUAAUCAUUUUUGUUUCCUAAUUUGCAAGCAAAAUUUGAUUUUUUCUUUAUCUUCAUUUUAAGAUAAAGUAAUUUGAAGACCCCUGUUCUUCCUAUUUUUUGAUCAUACAAUAAUCGAUCAAAAUUCUAUAAACUAAAGUGAUUAAGUACGCUGGAACUAAAUUAUCUUUUAUCACAUUUAGUUUUCUGUAGCUUUAUAUAUUAAAAGCAUAAAUCAUCUAGAUCAUCUUCUUUUUUUUAGAGUAUGUCACUUCUGUUAUACUAACAUAUACAUUUUAGAUACUUUAGUAAAUAAACAUAGACUUGAAUAGUUACUGAAAAAACAAUUGAAUAAAAAUUAGUAC